CUCGACUAAUUUUGACUCUACAGUGAUGCCUGCCGACUUGCAGGCUUAAAUAAUCGAGCUCGGAACUACAGAUGCUGUUUUGAAAGAAACAGCGCGAAUUCCCCGAGUUUUCAAUUAAUGGCUAAAGUCAAGCUCCUGCUAUAGUUCACAGUUUCUCCUAGAAAGACGGUCGCAGAAACAUCACCGUGGCAAAAUUAAAUAACAGCUAUGACCACAAAGAAAUUGGCGAAGGAAUUAGGAUUGUUGAGACAGCGGAGCAAGUCCUCUGUGUCGAAGAAAUCUGUGGUAUCAAAUCAAGUAUUUUCUUAUCUGAUUGUGAUCGACUUUGAAUCCACUUGCUGGAGAGAGAAAAACAACCGCAGCCAAGAAAUUAUCGAGUUUCCUGCUGUUCUGCUGAACACGUCCACGGGGGAGGUGGAGUCUGAAUUUCACACUUAUGUCCAACCCCAGGAGCACCCCAUCCUGUCUGACUUCUGUACUGAGCUGACUGGGAUUACACAGAUGCAGGUUGAAGCAGGGAUCCCGCUUCAGAUCUGUCUCUCGCGGUUCAGCCGUUGGCUCCAAAACCUUCAGCUCGAAAUGGGAGUGGCCUUUGCCAACAAAGACCAGAGAUGUUUGGGACCAUCUCAAAAGCUGUGUACUUUCCUCACAUGGUCAGACUGGGAUCUUGGGGUUUGUCUGCAGUACGAGUGUAAACGCAAACAGCUUCAUAAACCUGAUGUUCUCAACAGCUGGAUAGACCUGAGAAGCACAUACCGGCUUUUUUACAACAGGAAACCCAAAGGCCUGAAUGGAGCUCUUCAGGAUCUUGGAAUACAGUUUUCGGGCAGAGAACAUUCUGGUUUAGAUGAUGCCCGAAACACGGCUCAGCUGGCAGCAAGAAUGAUGAGGGAUGGGUGCAUAAUGAAGAUUACUAGGAGCCUGGAGAGGACCCCAGUGAUGGCCAAACCGGUGUUUGGAAACACUGCCUGUCCUUCAGUCAAGAAAGAAAAACCUAACGAGAAUAAAAAGGAAAAUACAGUCAUCCGUAGCAAACACUCGUCAUUUAAAAUUCCUCUCAAAGCUUGUCCAAAACGACCAUGUCCCGAGGAGACUGCUCAAAACUUUGCCGCAAAGAAAAACCCAAGCUCCAUUCACGAAUCUGCUCAAAUCUGUCGAAGCCUGAUCUCACCAAAGACUCUUCUGAAUGGCACGACGGCGCCGCUGUUGAAGCACGGCAGGAGAUCAGUCACAGUAGAGGCUGCCCCUAGGCUUUCCACCUCAGUUGUUACAAACUGUGUUUCUCCCCAGAAUAACAAUAACAGUCUUAUUCUGUGUUCCACUACCGUGAGCUGCUUUUCAAAUCUGUCUCCACCAAACUGGGCCUCAAAAACAGAAGCAAUGCUAGGAUCCACGCAGAAAGAGGAGGGUGCGGAGCUUUUAGUGGAAACUGAGGAGAGGCGUGGCUCAUAUGACGACGUGGUGUUGGAGGAUGAUGUUAAUGAAGCAAAUGAUGAAUGUGAUGCAGAGUACAUAUCUGAGUUUGAUAGUGGCUGUUAUGAUUGGGUAGAGCAGCAUACAUCACAUUCAGUAGGAAGUCAGCUCACUUUGAAUGAUGAUAUGAGAGAAUCAACUGGAAAGAGCUCUAAAAUGCAAAAGAUUGCCACAGAUUCUACCAGUAAAGGUCAAAAAUCUCAUGGUUGUAUCUCAACAGAAACGAACAACAGAACAACAACAGAAACGAUGCAUUCAGUGACCUCACAUAUUUAUUUUGCUGUGCCUAAAACUGUUAACAUUGGUAAAUCAGAUCAGUGCAACACAGGACUUAGAACCUCUCUCCAACUUCACAAAACAUCUUAUGUUCCCACUAAGAACUGUUCAAUUAGACCUAAUCCUUUUGUGCCAGAAAAAACCUCCACCCCCAAUAUGUCCAUUGCCCGGCCCAAACCCGCUAUCGCACAAAUCCCAAAACACAAAGACACUCUGAGGUCCUCCUUUACCAUCUACACCGAGCCGGCCAAACAAGCUACAGCUCCCUCAUGUCCUUCCUUCCACGGCAGUGUCUUCUCCUCUUUGUCAACCAACGCUCUCUCCUCUCGUGCCAACCGUUCCAUCAUUUCUGUGAGAGGAGCUCAGAAGAUCACUUCUCCACUGUGCAUGUGCGGCCGUCGUGCAAAGCGACAGGUCGUGUCAAACGGCGGUCCAAACCACGGUCGAGGGUUUUAUUGCUGCCCAGUCCGCCGAUCAGGCAGCGGAGGACGGAUGGAGAAAGGGUGCGAGUUUUUUAAGUGGGAGUCGGCCGUGAUGAAGAGCACAUCAGCGGCCGCUCCUGCUGUCGGAUCCUCUGUUUCACUCUGUCAGCUCAACUCCACUGUGUCCCAUCGUCCAGCCCACACGCCACUGCUAAGGAAAAGCUACUGAAAUGCUAAUACUAAUAAUACAUUAGUAUUAUUGGCAUUAUAGCAUUUUCAUAGUGAAGUAUACUCAGUGCUCAAAGAUAGUUAAUCAAUUACUGAUUGAUUUCUUGAUCAGUGUCCUCUUGAUAUUUAAAUCCCCUCUGAAGGGACGCCGUAUUUAUUCCACUGGUUCUUAUUUCAGAGCUCUCCUUUCAUUAAUUAAACACUUGUCAAAUUACAGCUUUUAACUGGCAUCAUAAACACUGAAAUGACUGAUUUGGUAAUUGGAAAAAAGGGUUUCUUUAUCUCUUUCAAGUCACUGCAAAUUAAGUAGUUUAAAGACUUGAGUGCUUUAUUCACCCAUUCCCAAAGUCAAGAGUGCUGCAGCCCAGCAGCUUCACUCUAAUCAAAACACAAGAGAAGGUGAUGCACUUCCUUGAAAAUUUUAUUCAAAGACGCAAACAACACAGACUAUAAAUCGCUAAUGCUACACAGUCAUAUGCAAAGUCUUAUGGCCAAUGUAUGACCCACCUGUCCCUGGGGCACAAACCUCAAUACAAGAGCAGUAAGCUUAUCUCAGAGUAAUGAGUAAUAUCACAAAGUAACCACCUCUGAUUACCAGUUUUAAUUAACUCUUUAUAUAAAUAUAUGUAUUUAUAUAAAUUUGUAACUUUACAUAUGUGUUAAUGAUUUCAAACUGAAUUUCUGUUAUCACUGUGGUCCACCUGGGGAACCUUUGAGACACACCAGGGGGCCCUGGUCCACAUGUUUGGGAAACACUGGAUUCAUUCAUUACUGCACUGAUCAAUAACUGGAGCCACUCAGAAGAGAAAAUAAUUUAUUAUUAUGUGCUGUUUAUAUUAAAUAUACUUUUAAAUUUGAAUCAAGGAUCCAUUACAUUAUUUUAUAAUAAUAAAGAUGAUGAUAUUUGUCUGCAGGUAGAGAGGAACCAUGAUCUUUAACAGAGUAUUAAUAUGUAAUAAUAAUAUAAACACAUCAUUAUAUGGUAAAAGAAAAUGUGAAAUUGUUUUUUGUUUUUCUUUUUACUCUUGAGGACUAAUCACAUAACACCUUCAUCAGAAACUCGCUCUGUGAGUGAUAACGCCAGUUAAACAAAUGGACAGAACAGAGUUGAAUAUAGAAUUCUGUUUUUACUCUUCUCUAUAAAUAUGAGUUGCCUACAGCCUGACCGAUUUAUUAGUGGGUUGAUAUUAGCUAUUUGUUUAUCUGUCACUAUCAGCAUUUAUAAUGACUGAUAAAUGUACAUUUAAAAAGCCAAGGGGAGACAGGAGAAAUACCUUUCACUCAUGAGUGUUGACAUUGCAUAGUCUGACCACCAGAGGGCAACUUCUCUGUUGGUGUUUAGAAUAUCACAAAAUCAGCUGGUAUAAGUAGAGUGUGGAAAAAGUAACUACAUAUAACAAAUGUUAGGGAAUUCUACUUGUUUUGCAUUUAUGAAAUAAAAAUCAGCCAAUGUAUCAGAAUAUUGGCUUUUUGAAUCACUAAAUAUUGGUAGAAGCAUUGGUCCUAAAAAUCGGUCAGGUCACAUUUGAAUCUGUGGGAGCCAGAACUCGGGCCGAGUUUUAGCAUCUCAAAUAAUUCACUCAAUGACAAGCAAGUCAGUGUAUAACUGCUAUGUAAUUAGUUUUGUUAAAAUUCUGUUUCUCUCCAUUUAUAUGAAAAUAUGAUUAAAAAUGUGAGACUGUUCAUUUCUUUGUAAGUUAGCAAACUUACAAAUUCACCUGGGGUUGAAAUAAUUAUUUGCUCAACUAUUUCCACUCUGACAUAACCUACUGGUUACAGAAGGUCCCAGUUUGAAGUUUAAGCCUCCAGUUGAGUGUUUCCACCAUAACAAAAGGUCAGAUAUGACAAGGAAAGGCGGGUCUGACUGUCAAACCACACACUCAUUGGCUAAUGACUUCUGA